AUUAUUAUUAACAGAAAGCUUAAGCUCACAUUUCAAUUUAACUUUCUUGAUAGAGUUUAUAAAGAUAAUUACAAUUAUGACGAUUUUUUCUACAAUGCUAUGAUUAUGCUUAGAAAUAAAUUUCCAUUUUUACCUAACGAAUUGUUAGUCGCCCGUGCUAAAGAUGAAUGGAACAAAAAAUGGAAGAAAAUUGCCUCAAAAACUAAACCAUCGAUAGUAAGAAGCGGUAGAAUGAAAAAACCAUUAAUUUUCGAAUCAGAAUCUAGUCAUAAGAUUCGUUCAACACCAAGAAAAAGAAAAUUAUUUGACAACAAAGAUCUCGAGGCUGAUGAGCAAUCAAUGUCUGUUGAGAAAUCUUCGUUGGUAGAUCCUGAAAUUAUUGAUAACCUUGGUGAAUCAUCUAGCUUAUUGGAAGAUUUUUUCAUUCCUCAGUCAUCACCUGAAAUAGUUGACGAACAGUCAAAAACAAAAUGUUCCAUUUCAAGAGCAUAUCUUCCGAUAAAUUUUGAUGGUGAUGAUGAUAAUCGAUUAACUACAACAAUCGAAGAAAUACCUCAAAAAAUGUCAAUUUCUAUGAACAAUAUACCUUUGUAUUUAAAUGAUGAAUAACACUUCAAAAUGUUAGAAAAA